UUCAUCCUGAAACAAUCGCUGCAUUUCUCUCCCUCUCUCUCUCUCUCUCUCUCUCUCCCCCUCUGUCUCUGUUCGCUUUGUUUUUCUGGCUCCCUCUGUUCUCUCACUUUCUUUUUCCAAGUUAACUUUCUGUUUGUUUAUCACUGAGCGCAGAAUUUGUCUCUCCUUCUCUGUGACCACUAAAUAACUGUCUGCUCAUUGGACCAACACUGUACAAGUUGGAUUUGGCUGUGAACUUUUUGCUGGAGGGACAGUCUUCUCACCAUCACAGGGACUCCACUGAGCGAAAUAGCCCGAAUCCUCUCCUGAGCGACGGCAGCUUGACUCUUCCUCGGCAACUGCGUAACUAUGGAGUGCAGGCAUGGGGCAGAAAUUGGGCAAAAAACAAACAGUGUGUUGUCAUCAGAGAGGGGCCACUGAGGAGUACUUUAGAAGUGGACUGAGACAGAAGAGGAGGGAAGCUUGUGGAUGAAACUAGCUUUACAUCUCAGGGGAUCGAUCUUGACUUGUGCAACUGUGGAUAACAGGAACAGGAUUACACAAACAAAGAAGAGUUUUUUCAUUUAACUUUCUGCCUGUUGAUGUGUUUCUCGUUUUGUGGCGUCUUCACACUCCAUACGACGUGUCAGAGGACAUAAAAAUUGGCCUUUUCGAGGAUUACCCCUCUGGAAGUAACUGCUGGCUAACAAAGCUGUUGACAAAAGUUGGAGACAAAGAUUUCAGCCUUGGAGACAGAGUGUGUGUGUGUAUCGCAGUGUUUGGGUUAUGUGAGCGUGUUCUUGCAGUUGUGUCAGGACCUUGGGGUGUGUGUGUGUGUGUAUUUAUUUAUGUAGCUUCUGUACACAAGAAGUUUAGUGUGUGCGUGUGUGAUGCGGGGCUGCGAGACUGCUAGCUGUGUGUCUGUCCUCGGCGCAGACAGACACAGGGAGGGACAGACAUGUGUUUCCAUGGCGAUGAGUGGCUGCAGCCCCUUCCCCAUGUGUUGGGACAGAGAAUAUGACAGACACCUAGCAGCAGCAGUGUCAGCAGGGAAAACCAUGGCGACGGCUUACCUGGACCCCAACCUGAACCAUGCCCUCCUGGGUGGCGCCAAGUCACGGCUGAGCGCAGGGGGGUCGGACCGAACCAUGACCGGCUCUGUGGACAGGGUUCUGAAAGUCUUCCAUCACUUUGAGAACAACUCUGAACAGAGCUGCUGGUCCUCCAAUAUCAGAUAUGGAGAUGCAACCGAUGUCAGGGGAAUCAUCCAGAAGAUCCUUGACAUCCACAAAGUGCGCUGGACGUCUUGUUUUGGUCUGCGUCUCAGCAACAGCCAGUCCAGAGACCAGGUGCACUGGCUCCACCCCGAUAUGGGCGUGUCCCACGUCAGAGAGAAAUAUGACCAGGCACGAUCAAACGAGGAGUGGAGGUAUGAGUUAAGGAUCCGGUAUCUUCCAAAGGGCUUUGUGCAGCAGUUUACAGAAGACAAACCUACACUAAACUACUUCUACCAUCAGGUGAAGAGCGACUACAUGACGGAGAUCGGGGAACAGGUGGAGCAAGAUGUAGCUCUCAAACUGGGCUGUUUAGAAAUCAGGAGGUUCUUCAAAGACAUGAGAGGAAACGCCCUGGACAAGAAAUCCAACUAUGAACUAUUGGAGAAAGACGUUGGUUUGAGGCGUUUUUUCCCAAAAGACCUGUUGGAUUCAGUCAAGGCUAAAACCCUCCGUAAGUUGAUUCAGCAGACGUUUAAGCAGGUAGCCAAUUUCAACGAUGAGCAGUGCAUCCUUAAGUUCUUGGAGGUGCUCGCACCAGUCUACCGCUACGACAAGGAGUGCUUCAAAUGUGCCCUCGGGUCCAGCUGGGUGAUCCAGGUGGAGUUAGCUAUCGGGCCGGAGGAAGGGAUCAGCUACCUCACUGACAAAGGAUCCACGCCCACACAUCUAGCUAAUUUUAACCAAGUUCAGUCCAUCCAGUACUCGGCUAUGGAGGAGAAGGACAGGAAAGGGAUGCUGCAGCUCAAUGUAGCUGGAGCUGCUGAGCCUCUCACAGUUACGACAGCGUCACUGACCAUGGCAGAGAACUUGGCUGACUUAAUUGAUGGCUACUGUCGGCUCAUCUCCAUGGAAACGCACUCUUUCAUCGUCAGAUUUCAGAAAGAGGGAGAGAGAGCACUGCCCUCCAUCCCAAAAUUGUCCAAUAAUGAGAAAAAAUUAGAAGCUGUCAGGAGUGGAGUAAGAGCUAUCUCCGUCUCAGAAGAUCUUAGUGGGGAUGAGACCGAUGACUAUGCUGAGAUAGUUGAUGAAGAGGACACGUACACCAUGCCCUCCAUCAGCUACGGAGUAGUUGAAGCGCGGGAUUAUGAGAUCCAGAGGGACAGGAUAGAGCUGGGCCGCUGCAUAGGAGAGGGUCAAUUUGGAGAUGUACACCAAGGAGUCUAUAACAGCCCGGACAAACCCUCUCUACCUGUCGCCAUUAAGACCUGUAAGAACUGCACAUCAGACAGCGUCAGAGAAAAGUUCCUACAAGAAGCAUUGACAAUGCGUCAGUUUGACCACCCUCACAUCGUCAAGCUGAUUGGAGUGAUCACAGAAAACCCUGUGUGGAUUAUCAUGGAGCUGUGCACUCUGGGAGAGUUGCGUUCGUUCCUUCAGGUGAGGAAGUACAAUUUGGAUUUGGCCACUCUCAUUCUGUUUGCUUACCAGCUCAGCACAGCGCUCGCAUAUCUGGAGAGCAAACGCUUCGUACACAGGGACAUAGCAGCACGUAAUGUGUUGGUCUCCUCAGUGGACUGUGUGAUGCUCGGAGACUUUGGUCUGUCACGAUACAUGGAGGACAGCUCUUACUACAAAGCUUCUAAAGGCAAGCUGCCCAUCAAAUGGAUGGCUCCUGAAUCUAUCAACUUCAGAAGAUUCACCUCUGCCAGUGACGUCUGGAUGUUUGGUGUGUGCAUGUGGGAGAUCUUGAUGUACGGCAUCAAGCCUUUCCAGGGCGUCAAGAACAAUGACGUGAUUGGCAGGAUAGAGAAUGGUGAGCGGUUGGCCAUGCCCCCUCAGUGCCCGCCCACCCUCUACAGUUUGAUGACCAAGUGUUGGUCGUACGACCCCAGCAAGCGACCGCGAUUCACCGAACUCAAAACACAACUCAGCACCAUACUGGAGGAAGAGAAGCUCCAACAAGAGGAGAGACUUCGAAUGGAGAUGAGGAGACAAGUCACCGUGUCCUGGGACUCUGGAGGGUCUGAUGAAGCACCACCUAAACCCAGCAGACCAGGUUACCCCAGUCCUCGUUCCAGUGAAGGCUUCUUCUCCAGCCCUCAACUCAACCACUUCUCGCCGACAGCACAUGGCGGUGUAGGAGGAGUAGGAGGCAGCUACCCUCCCACUGAUUCCUGGAAUCAACACAGACCUGAACACACGGCACUGUGGAGCCCGAACAUGGAGGACGGUGGAUGUGUAGGCCAGGCCAUGAUGGAGGAGAGGCUGAUGAUGCAGCAGCAACAGAUGGAAGAUGACCAGCGGUGGCUGGAGCAGGAGGAGAGCUUCAUGGUUAUGAAGGCAGAGUCCAGGAACAGCAGAGGAAGCAUCGACAGAGAAGACGGCACACUACAAACACCGGGUGGAAGUCAACACAUCUACCAGCCUGUCGGGAAACCAGAACACGUGGCUCCACCUAAGAAACCACCCCGCCCUGGAGCUCCUGGUCACCUAGGUAACCUGGCCAGUCUGUGCCCCGUGGACAGCUACAACGAGGGAGUCAAGCUGCAGCCUCAGGAGAUCAGCCCACCCCCCACCGCCAACUUGGAUCGUUCUAACGACAAAGUGUAUGAGAACGUAACAGGGCUGGUCAAAGCUGUGAUUGAGAUGUCAAACAGGAUUCAGCCUGCAGCCCCAGAGGAGUACGUCCCAAUGGUCAAGGAGGUGGGACUGGCGCUGAGGACCCUGCUAGCUACAGUUGACGAGACACUUCCUGCGCUGCCAGCCAGCACACACAGAGAGAUUGAGAUGGCUCAGAAGUUGUUGAACUCAGAUCUGGCCGAAUUAAUAGCGAAGAUGAAACUGGCCCAACAGUACGUCAUGACAAGUUUACAAAAGGACUACAAGAAACAGAUGCUAAUGGCAGCUCACGCCCUCGCAGUCGACGCCAAGAACCUGCUGGAUGUCAUCGACCAAUCACGACUCAAGAUGAUUCGCCCGCAUUAGUUUCUGUCGCCAUGGAGAUGGAGAGCGCAGUAGCUCUUAGCCAAUCACAAAGAGAAGAGAACAUUUAGAUGGAUAUGAGAAAUGGAUGGAUGAAAAAAAGAACUGAUGGACAGCAGACAUGACUGAAACAAUCAGCGCCCUCCUCUCCUCCUUCAAACAUUCAUCGCUUCCUUUUUCUCUCUGGCGACGCUCAUGUUUCGCUCAAUAUUGUGUUGUUUUGUACUUUUGUUGCAUUAUUUGCUUUUGUAUCCAGAGGAACGCUCCUGUCCCCCAUCACGUAUCCUCAGAGAUGAGUUUUUAAGAAAAAAAUCAUCCAUUACUACUUUUUAAUCUUUGAAGAAAGUGAAUCAAACAGGUUUCAGAGGCUCGCUUGAAGGACUGCAGAGAUAUUUUGGUGACACACGAUGCAGGACGUAACAACUGGAACUGAAGAGCCAGGAUGAGGAGGAUAAUGAAGAUGAUAUGAUAAUGUUGUUGUUUAAACAUGCUUUUAUAUCAUUAUUAAUUAUUAUUAUUGCUAUUUUCAGCCUCUGCUCUCGCAGUACGUCUCUACGUUCAGUCUUCCUCUUGAAUAUUCAGUGGGCAAAAAUAAUUGAUUUACAGCUGCUCAUAAAUGUCGUAACUUCAUCUCUAUUUUUCCAUCUUCUUCUCUCUAGCUCUCUUUAUCUCAGGCAUCAAGAGAUGGCAUAACGAUGAAAUAUAAAAGCUGUAUUUUGAAGAACAAAUUAAACGUCACAGGCCACUUUUUAAGUUAACUUGCAUAGUAAAUAUACAAAGAAGCUAUAUUUUUAACACGUUUCUGAAGCAUGAAUUGUUAGUGAAUAAGGGAGAGGGAUGAACAGGGGGAGUAAAGGGACAGAGGGGUGAGAGGUGGAAGGAGGGUGGUUAUUUUGAGUUACAACGGAGGUCCUAAUUUUACUGUGCUGCACUGCAACUGACUAAAAAGUAACAUUUCACUCAAAUUAUGUUGGUUUACUUAAUAAUUCAACAUUUUUAGCAGCAAUUCACAUGUUAUUUUUGCAGAAAAUUCAUGGUUUCUUUGUUGCAUGUUUUGUAUAUUGAAGCCAAAUUGUACUGACGCAUCAGCCAUGUUUUGGGCCCCCUCUAUCCAAUUUAUCCUCUCCCAAAUAUCAUGCAACAAUAUGCAGUGCAAGAUACACCCUUGUUACAUUUCCUUCACUAAAGUUGAUCCAGGUUUUGGAAUUUUAGGGACAAAUUAUGAGUCAACAUACAUAAUCAUCUUUAUUGCGCAGUGAAUUACAGUUGCAUUGUUUUUUUACUCCUCUCAAAACCAGGGACUGAUACACACAGUUUGUGAUGGAGGCCAAAAACUGGCCACAGGUCUCAUUCAUGUCCAACAUGAUUCUCCUCUUUUAGUCCCUCUGUUUUCCUUCCCUGUCUUUCUACCUCCCUCCACUGGAGUUAUUUAUACCUUUAUCCCCUCUCCUCUUCUGCUCCGUCACCCCCCACAUUUCUAUGUUUUCCUCCCUCUGUUGCCACCCCUUCCUCCCUUCAGCCUCGUCUUCCUCUCUCCAUUCCACUGUUCCCUCUCCCCUGAGGUGAGCAGUAUUCUCAGGAAGGAGUCACAUGUACAGUUGCUAAACCAAGCAAAUAAAAACACUGUUAUCAUUAUGAAAUA